CAGCCCGCGCCAAAUGCACUGUGAUCCAACGUGACCGUCAUAAAACCUCAGCUCGGCCUCCCUAGACGUUGUAUGAAACAAAUGACCCCCCUACACACACGGACCAUAAAACAGUCCAUGCUGCCAUGCUGGUUUCGUCUGUUUCCCCAUAGGAUCUGCGUGUUGUUGCCCUGGCGCUAAUCUACCAGUGGGAAAAUUAUUUACACCGGCAAAACACUGAAUACUCCUUCACGUCGUUGCUGCGUAGUUUAUAUUCCAUUGGGGAAAUGAAAUGUUCCAUGUUCAUACUGAACUUCUAGGUGAAGAAUCCAUUCAAAUAGCCAAGUUUGCCACGGAGGAAGCCUCUGGACAGUCCCAUAGCAUACUAUGAAUGCAUAAAGUCAUUGUUUCUAGAUUCCACCUUCGUGAUAGUUCCAGCAAAGCGGUUUUCCUACCAUCCCAAUAUGUAUCACAAUGCUGACUUGAAGUUUAGGCAUACGAGUUUAAUAAAAACGGGGAGUCAUUCUUUUGUCAGCAGCCCCACUUCGUGCGUGCGCUGCGAUUCAAAUUGACAGGUGACAGGUGGAAGUACCCUUCACUUCAGGCGGUUCGUUGCCCUCAUUCCACGUUAGGCCCAGGCCACAUCGGACCACGCUCGGAAUGGACUAACUCAGUUCAUGCAGCCCGCAACUUCAAUUUUGGAAGUGUUGCCACUCGAAUAUUGCCAGCGCCGCCAACGCGCGACUAUAAAAGCCACGGUGGAGUCAAGCUGGCUCACAUCGCACUUGGGCUGUCCGCCUGUAGAAUCUAUACGCCUUCAUGACCGUGGCUUCAUCCUCUCACAAAUUAAUCGGGUUCCCCUGUGUUAUACCAUAGAGCAAUACGACCAACCGGGUUUUCGUUCAGAUGAUCAGUAAAGAGACGGCAACAUGCCAUCACGGCUGAGAUUUUGCUCAUUUGUCUUAAAAGUUGGCCGCCGGCCACGCGUUAGGCCAGCCUUGAGCUGUCUUGUGUUGGUGCUCACCUCGGCACUUUGGGAGGCCGCACGUGUCCCUGUCGCAGAGUGUCUCCCGGCUGCUGCUGCUAACUUACCAGGCGGACUGAGGUUCGGCGAGGGGGGAAGCGGGCGGUACGGACGGCACCAUAGUGAGGAGAGUGCCGGUGGACAGGAGCGGGAUGAAGACGCGUGGCUUGCGUGCUACGGUGAAGAUAUCUACCAGGAAGAUAUAGUGAUGGACAGCUGGCAGAAUGAAGUCCAGUAUGCGGUCACAGAAGACAAUGACGAGUCUGAUGCACAUGUCGUCAAGGUGACCGACGGACACACACAGAAACACCCACGGCAACUAGAAGAGAGACAACACUACAGAACCAAGAAGGCCUCCAGGGUCGAGAUGGAUCGACGCUGGCGCCGUGACCGGGAAGAAAGGUCUCGCGUGCGCCGUGGAGCGACAGCUCAGGAGGCGAGGUUGUGGCCCGGCGGAUUGGUUCCGUAUGAGAUCCACGCAAACUGCGAGGAAGACACUAAGAAUCUGGUUCUACGUGGUAUGCGCCAUUGGGAGGAGCACACGUGCAUCCGGUUCCUGCCGCGAAUCAACGAGACUGCCUACGUGUAUCUCGUCUGUACCGGUGGAUGCUGCUCCUUGAUCGGCCGAGCAGGCGCCAGGCAGGUGGUUUCCUUGGGUCCUGGGUGCAAUAAAUUCGGCACCAUCAUCCACGAACUGGGUCACGUGAUCGGCUUCUGGCACGAGCAGAGCCGGCCGGACCGAGAUGAUUAUGUCACAGUCUUCGAGUCGAACGUUUCACCCGGGGACCACUUUAAUUUCCAGCGAUUUGACCAUCGCGUGAUCAACUCCUUGGACCAGCCAUAUGACUAUGACUCCAUUAUGCACUACGGACCUCGGUCCUUCAGUCGUAACUACGAGCGAACCAUCAUUCCAAAGAAGGAGGUGACAAUCGGACAGCGCAGCGGGCUGAGCGUUGGGGACAUCCUCCAGGCCAACCUGCUCUACAGGUGCUCACGGUUUGGUUGGUGUGGUGGAACCAUCUUCAAGUCCAGUGGGCAGAUUACUUCACCACAUUACCCAGAACCCUUUGCACCCAACACGACCUGUGAUUGGGCGAUUUCUGUGGACGAAGACCACGCACUAAAGCUCAUCUUCAUUGACAUCGAUCUACCAGUUGACAAAGACGGAAAAUGUUCCGGAGCCCGCGUGGAAGUCCGGAAUGGUCAAGGGGAGCUGGGCCGCCUGAUUGGCCAGUAUUGCGGCAGCACCCCACCGGAGCCCAUUACGGUGGACUCGGGAAGGGCAUGGCUCCGUUUCCGGUCUGGUACAAGUGCAGAGUUCCAGUCCCGAGCUGGCUUCGCAGCCAAGUUUGAAUCGGUGUCUUUUGACAGUCCUCUGACGGCAAGCAGUGGCAUAUUGAAAAGCCCGAAUUAUCCCGGCUGCUUCCCGCCUGAUACUGACAGCGUCUGGCAGAUCACUGUAGAUGAAGGGUUCAUCGUUACCCUCCGGAUUCUGGAAUUGCUUAUACCAGUGUCUUCAGCAACUGGUUGCUAUGGCGACUUUCUCAAGAUAAUUGACGGAGACACCGGACAAUCUCCUCUCAUUACCAAGAUAUGCCAGACUCAGCUCAAUGUGGGCGUGGCCUCUAGCGGCCGGAGCCUGCGCGUUGAGAUGCACUCAGGUCACCCGGACAGGCGGGGCAACGAGACUCAGCCAACCAGAUUCCACGCAAAGUACUUGAAGCGAGACGUGAACGAGUGUCGCAAGAACAACGGUAAUUGUGAGCAAGCUUGCCUAAACAUGAUUGGUACUUUUGUGUGUGGCUGUCAGUAUGGGUACAUGUUGGCCGAUAACUACCGAAACUGCACGGACAUUGAUGAGUGCCGGGAUAACAACGGCGGAUGCUCCGACCUCUGCGUGAACACAGAGGGUGCCUAUCACUGCGCAUGCCCAGAAGGCUUCUACUUAUCUCCAAACAACCAAUCCCACUGUCUCGACGUGAACGAAUGUGACGAUCCUACACGGAACCAUUGCAAGCAACAUUGUUACAAUACAAUCGGCAGAUACGCAUGCGCAUGCAGUCCGGGUUUUGUCUUGGCGCCAAAUGGAAUGGACUGUUUUGCUGUCCAGAAUUGUGGUGGAAGCUACGGAGGCACCGAAGGGUCGUUCUUUUCCCCUGUUCUGCCCCCUGCCGUUUUUUAUAACACGCUGGAUUGUGUUUGGCGAAUUCAGGUGGAUUCAACCUUCACCAUCUCUCUCAGAAUCGAAUUACUGAAUUGGACUGGCGAUAACCUCUGUCUGAACUACAUCAGUUUCUUGGAGGGCCAAGGGCCGUCCAGUCCUCACGUCCAGAUUUGUAACCAUGACGACGCCCAGCAUGUCUACCACACCAGUUCCAAUUUGCUAUGGAUGCAGUCACGCUCCUUGUGGCCGCACGGAGGCGCCUUCUACGUGGAGUACUUCACGCGGAGGCGCGAGAACGAGAGUGCGGUGUGCGGCGGCGAGUUGCAAGCUGGAUCCGGUAUGCUUCAAUCUCCUGGGUACCCGAACGCCUACCCCAACGAAGUGCACUGCGUAUGGAAGAUUACUGGGAGGACCAUCAUGCUUCACUUUGAGGCCUUUGACGUGGAGAAGGAGGCCAAGUGCUCGUUUGACUUCCUGGAUAUCCAAGAUGGCGACAAAGACCAUCCGCAGUCCAGGCAUAUAGGAAGGUUUUGCGGAAGUAAGAUGCCACCGAAAGAAGUGUCGUCUUCCACAGGGGAAGUCUUCAUCAAAUUCCAGUCGGAUGCCACCGUGCGGGCCACGGGCUUCCGGGCGAUGUUCGAGGUCCAGCUGCCCCCUGUUGCUUUUGGCUUAAACACGGUCGCGGUCGAGGUGCAAAACACCACAGGCGAUGUCUAACGUUGAUAUAUUUUCCAUCGUUACCGCGGUUGAUGGAGAUCUUAAAAGUUACUUGAUUUUUGUCAACAAAACAGGAUGACACGAGCAGUUUUGUAUGCAUGAAGUCCGAGGUAAACAGUAGAUGAAGUGAUUUUGUAGCGAAAAUAUGUAAGUGCAAAUGAGAACUAAUCCAGCUUCUUUUACGCUUCCAUUCACGCACAACCAGCGGAACAGAUGUGAGCAAGUCAGGCCAUGCGACUUCUUAAUACGCUUUGCCUGGCUAGUCCGAAGACCUGGGUUUAAGCUGUUCUACAGGGUUCUACAAUUCCUUUUAGCUGCUAGGUAGAGUUGCAGAAAAGUUGUGGCAUUUCAUAAACUUAAUGAAGACACAUAGUGUUUCAUAUAAUUUUAUGCUGAACGUUUUGGCGUAAGUGCAUUUUCGGCUGCCUUUUAAAAUUUCUAAGUCAAUUUGUUUUGAAACAAUCAUUAGUGCUUUGUUUUAAUUUAUAAAAUGUGUUCUUACUGUACUAUCAGCAAUGCUGCAAGAUAAACAUACAUUUAUUCACAAAACCUAUUUUGGGUUAUUCUUCCUGGUUACAUGUUACAUGUACUGAUCUACAUGUAUCAUUAUUUUAGAGGGCAAUAAGCCGUGUGGAAUGACAAAACUUUUUCAGAGAUAAAUGGUGCUAACCUUUGGUAAUUUACGUCUCGUGGAAAUUUAUCUUCUCGCUAAGUAUCGCUAAGUGUCUUUGGCGGUGUAUUUCAAAUCAUUACAUAUCUUAAUCAAUUUUGGAUGCACGAAUAAAGUGUAGUGAGAAUAUUUUCAGCAAUGAA